AUGUCAAAAAUUAUCUUUUCAGCCUUGUUUUCUCUUAUUUACACAAAAAUUUUUAUUUAUUCUCCUGAAGAAUUGAAAUCUGAAAUAGAAAACCGCUACUCUAACCAUGGAGUUAAAUUCAAGCAAGCAGGCCUUACAAAUUUACCUAUUGGCUCUAUAAUGAACGGAAAAGUUAUUUAUUAUCCUUAUAUUAAUGGAACUUGCAGCUUUAAUUAUUCCCUCAUAUCAAAUUAUGAUAUAGCCCCUAAAUUUUAAUAGAUCAUUAUUGAUCAUCUAUUUUAAAUUUUUAUAAUAAAUUUUACCUGUCAAUUUUUGUGAAAAGCAUAACUAAAAUGAUAAAUUUCCGUUUAUGGUUUUAAAAUGCCCUAAUCAGAGUAUAAGCAAAGUACCCUUGACCAUUUUUUUUUUAGGUGUGCUGCUUGGCCAUAGCUAUCUAUUAUGGUGCAUAAGCCAUAUAGAAGCUAGCAAUGCCUAUUUUUUGCUAGUAGACAGCAGUGAAUGCUCAAUUGCAGUUCAAGCUCGAAAUGCUCACAGUGCUGGAGCAGCUGCUUUAAUUAUAUCAGAUGAAAGCAUUGAACAAUCAGAUUAUGCUGUCUCUAUUGAAAAUGAGUCAAAAAUUAACAAAGAGAUUCCUAUUUACAUUAUUUCUGGAGAUGAUGGAAAUUUAAUUAAAAAAUACACAAAUGACAGCAGCUAUGAAGUCAUUUUGUCUUUGACCUUUGAAAAAAUUGAGCCAAUAGUUAAUAGAAAAAUAAAUUACACAAUAUGAAUGUCUUCUGGAGAUUUGCAAUUUUCAAGAUUUAUUUAUGAAUUUUAUGACACUGCAAUUAAAUUAAGUGAAAAGCAGGCUAGUUUUGUGCCUCAUUAUGCUCAUUUUUCGUGUUAUAAAUGCAAGUAUAGAGGAUACCAAGAGCCACAUCCAGACUGCUUAAGCGGAGGAAGAUACUGUGCUCGAGAUCCUGAUUUUUCUGGUCCUUUUACAGGACGAGAUGUAGUUACAGAAGACUUGCGACAGAUUUGUAUUUUUAGGCUGUAUAAAGACUACAAAUUAUGGUAUAGAUAUAUGAAAAAACGCUAUGAAAUGUGUCCAAAUGAUUUCUCUGAUAAAUGCUCAGAUGCGCUUAUGAGUGCUGUGAAUCUUAAUAGGAAAAAUAUCACUAACUCAUUCAAUAAUAAAAACAAAAAAAAUAGGAUAUUGGACUAAAACAUUUAUAAAUAUUAAAUUAGUUGAUUUUUAUUAUUUCUUUUAUAAAUUUUUUAAAAAUCAUUAUUUAACAUUAAAUCGACAAUGCUAAUUAAAUGGAGGGCUAAAUGCAUGGAAGACAGUUUUGACAAAAAUAGACCAAUGAUUGAUGAUAACUUUUUAUUGAGUAAAGAGAAACUUGAGUGAGGUAAAUUAGAUUUAAUAUACUUUCCUGCACUUAUAGUAAACAAUAUUACAUAUAGAGGCGACUGGGAUAUUUUAGGUAUUAAGAAUGCAUUAUGUGAAGGCUUCAAUGAAGAAUCGAAACCUGAUCUAUGUCUAAUUCCUGAAAAAGAAAUAUCAGAAAAAUAUGUAAUAGAAGGAUGAAUGGCUCUUGCUAUUACGGUUAUUGUGAUAUCAAUAAUAAUUUUCUUUCUAAUAGUCUAUAGGCUUUGGGUACGAAGAGAAGCUAAAUCUCAAGUAAAUUACCAUAUAUCAAGCUAUUUUAUGAUAAACAAUACAGAAUAACCUUUGACAUUUAUAUAUUUAAAAGUUAUUAGCCGCAAUAAUAGUUUUUUUUUAUUAUACUUAUUUAAAACAGCAUAAAAAAAUGAUCAUUAA